UCCUUUUCAGGUAACGAGAUUCCAGAUAAUCAGGGAAAAGAAUUUUUCAUUGGUUUUAUGGAAGCUGACAAGGCUUUGACAGGAUAUCGUUCUGGGCUCCCAUUAAAACUAUUCAUUACUACUGCUUCUCAUGUUCCCGUGAGUGUUAAUGUUUCGGCUCCAAUGGCAAAGACGCUUUAUCCAGGUCACCAAUUCACAGUGCAAAGGGGAAUAAUAAAGCAGAUAUUAAUUCCAAGGACCCUCAGAUUACAGGGAACAGAACGUGCACAGAAAGCUAUUUACGUUUUAUCAUCCCAAGAAAUUGUUAUUUUUGGAAUAAAUCAGGCAGACAUGUCGACGGAUGGUUUUCUUGGAAUACCUUCAGAUGUUUUAGGAACUAAAUAUUUCGUCCCAACAUUUUCUUCAAAUGCACAGAAUUUCUUCCAGUCAUCAAUUCUCAUAGUCGGAACAAGGGAUGGAACCAUGCUGAAUAUUAGACUACCCUCGAAUAAUAACAUUACCUUACACCUCGAAGGAAAGCAUUACAAAAGAAACGACUGGAUAAAUAUAACAAUAAACAAAUUUGAGACAUUACAACUUCUCUGUCACACUGAUUUAUCGGGUACUUUUGUUUCAUCGUCGAAUAAAAUAUCCGUUUUCGGAGGAUCUACCGUAACUUCAAUUGGGACUGGAUGGUCAAGGGAUCACAUCGAAGAACAAAUACCACCUGUCAAUGUUUGGGGGAAAAGUUUUGCAAUAAAUCCAUUUCCUGAUACAAAUCCAAACAUUCUUCGUUUAUUGGCGAGUGAGGAUAACACUACAGUCGCCAUAACAAAUAAACAAACUGUUCACCUUAUGAAUGGAAAAUUUCAUGAGACACAUGUGAAAAGUUUCUCUUACGUAUCUUCAAACAAGCCAAUUUUAUCUGUACACUAUGUUCCCAGUGGAACAUGUAAUAAAGAUCAUCCAAAACCUGGAUGUCAUAAAGGCGACCCAGCUAUGACAUUGAUUCCACCAAUAGAACAAAAUAACAUAUUCUAUUCAUUUUUAACUCCAGUUUCUUCUCAUAAUUUAAGUUUUAAUAAUAUUUUCAUGUUCUUUAUUGAGGAUUCUUAUGAAAAUGGACUAUUACUGGACAACAAAGGCCCGAAACAGAAUGUCAUCAAGGGUGUUGUUCACAGUCACAACCUAACGGCUGGUUAUAUACAAAUACCACCUGGUAGCCACACCAUUGAACAUUCAUCUAGAGUUGUACCAUUUGGAGGAAUAUUAUAUGGUGGUAUCCAAGCAGAAUCAUAUGCUUUUCCAGUUGGUCAAAGGUUUGCCACGAUAAAUGAGAAAGAUUGUCGCCCUCUUGCAAUGGACAUUGGGGAUGGCGUGGAUAAUGAUUGUGAUGGGCGCGUGGAUGAGGAGAUAUGUAAUGAUCUCAAAGAUAACGAUGGAGACGGGCGAAAAGAUGAAGACUGUUUUAAAGCAUUAAAUAUGCAGAUGAGUAAGGAUUCACAACGACCAGCCUGGCUUACCUAUACCGAGUAUGGAAUAAUUGGUGUAGUUUCUGUAGUUAUUAUUGGAGCCAUUGGUGCGUGCUGUAAUAAAUGCCUGUGUCUGCUGGCAAAACGCGAUGACGACGAAGAUGAAGAAGCAAACAGACGGAAAAGAAAUAAAAAAGCUAAACAGGCUUUUGAAGCUCCUGCUAUUAGGCUGAUGUAUAUGUAG